AUGGGAUCUUCUUCAGGGCAGAGUGGAUACGAUCUGUCUUUCAAGAUCUUGUUGAUUGGAGAUUCUGGUGUUGGUAAAAGUAGUUUGCUUCUCAGCUUCAUUUCCAGCUCUGUCGAAGAUCUUGCUCCCACCAUCGGUGUUGAUUUCAAGAUCAAACAGCUGAAAGUGAAAGGGAAAAGAGUAAAACUUACUAUCUGGGACACAGCUGGACAGGAAAAGUUCAGAACAUUGACGAGUUCUUAUUUCAGAGGCUCCCAAGGAAUCAUUCUCGUUUAUGAUGUGACGAAAAGAGAGACAUUUCUAAACUUAGCUGAUGUUUGGGCUAAAGAGGCUGAGCUCUACUCGACUAACCAUGACUGCAUCAAGAUGCUCGUUGGCAACAAAGUCGAUAGAGAAUCGGAGAGGAGGGUGAGCCGAGAAGAAGGAAUGGCUCUAGCGAAAGAACUCAAGUGUUUGUUUCAUGAAUGUAGCGCAAGAACACGAGAAAACGUCAAGCAAUGCUUUGAAGAGCUUGCUUUGAAGAUAAUGGAGGUACCUAGUCUUUUGGAAGAAGGAUCAAGCUCUGUCAAGAGAAAACCGGAUUACCAAACUCAACAAAGCCGGUGUUGCUCCUGA